GGGUAAGGAGUUCAAGGCAGCGCCCACACCCGGGGGCUCUCCACAACCCGACCGUCUGUUGGCUCCCCCCCUUCCCGCCCUCCCUCCCACUCACGCACCCACCCACUCACCCACCUACCCAGCCACCCAGUGUCGGGACCGCUGCCCAGGGUCCAGCCGGGGCCCGCCGCCGCCUCGCCGCGAACCUGGACUUACUCCCGCCGCCGCCGGAGCCGGCUUCCACGUGUGCUCCGGAGCCCGCGUCUCAGCACGCUGUCUGCUUGGCGGAGUCCGAGCAGCCGGGAGUCCGGGGCCCGGGAGGCGUCUGGGCCAAGUUCGGAGCGGCCGGAGCUAGCUCCGAACAUCCGCAGGGCCGGAGAAGCCGCGGGCCGGCUGGGGCUGAGCUGCCGCCGAUGGGCUCCGACGUGCGGGACCUGAACGCGCUGCUGCCCGCCGUGCCCUCGCUGGGCGGCGGCGGCGGCUGCGCCCUGCCCGUGAGCGGUGCGGCGCAGUGGGCGCCCGUGCUGGACUUUGCGCCCCCGGGCGCUUCGGCUUACGGUUCGCUGGGCGGCCCCGCGCCGCCGCCGGCUCCUCCGCCACCCCCGCCGCCGCCGCCACCACCUCACUCCUUCAUCAAACAGGAGCCGAGCUGGGGCGGCGCGGAGCCGCACGAGGAGCAGUGCUUGAGCGCCUUCACCGUCCACUUCUCGGGCCAGUUCACCGGCACCGCUGGAGCCUGUCGCUACGGACCCUUCGGUCCUCCUCCGCCCAGCCAGGCCUCCUCGGGCCAGGCCAGGAUGUUCCCCAAUGCACCCUACCUGCCCAGCUGCCUCGAGAGCCAGCCCGCUAUUCGUAACCAGGGAUACAGCACGGUCACCUUCGACGGGACGCCCAGCUACGGUCACACGCCCUCGCACCACGCGGCGCAGUUCCCCAACCACUCUUUCAAGCACGAGGACCCCAUGGGCCAGCAGGGAUCUCUGGGUGAUCAGCAGUACUCCAUGCCGCCUCCAGUCUACGGCUGUCACACGCCCACCGACAGCUGCACGGGCAGCCAGGCCCUGCUGCUGCGGACGCCUUACAGCAGCGACAAUUUAUAUCAAAUGACCUCCCAGCUUGAGUGCAUGACCUGGAAUCAGAUGAAUUUGGGAGCCACCUUAAAAGGAGUUGCUGCUGGAAGCUCCAGCUCAAUGAAAUGGACAGAAGGGCAGAGCAACCAUGGCACAGGGUAUGAGAGUGACAACCACACCACCCCCAUCCUCUGCGGUGCCCAGUACAGAAUACACACGCACGGCGUCUUCAGAGGCAUCCAGGAUGUGCGACGUGUGCCCGGAGUAGCCCCGACUCUUGUCCGGUCAACAUCAGAGACCAGUGAGAAACGCCCCUUCAUGUGUGCUUAUCCGGGCUGCAAUAAGAGAUACUUUAAGCUUUCUCACUUACAGAUGCAUAGCCGGAAGCACACUGGUGAGAAGCCAUACCAGUGUGACUUCAAGGAUUGUGAGAGAAGGUUUUCUCGUUCAGACCAGCUCAAAAGACACCAAAGGAGACACACAGGUGUGAAACCAUUCCAGUGUAAAACUUGUCAGCGAAAGUUCUCCCGGUCUGACCACCUGAAGACCCACACCAGGACUCAUACAGGUGAAAAACCCUUCAGCUGUCGGUGGCCCAGCUGUCAGAAAAAGUUUGCCCGGUCAGACGAAUUAGUCCGCCAUCACAACAUGCAUCAGAGAAACAUGACUAAGCUGCAGCUGGCACUUUGAAGGGUCCGACCCGGGGACAGUGGUGUGUCCCACACAGGGCACACUGUGGGAACUACUUUCAAAUUCCUCCUCGCCUCACCUCUCUAAUAAAGAUGUGGCAGUUGAUCUUCGUUCAGCUUCCAAGACAAGUUAUACCUGCACGACUGGACCCUGCCAGGUUUGCUCGGAGGAGCUGGUCUCUGCUCUGCUAGCUUUCAGCUGACUCGCAGGCCCUGGAGAGGCAGCUAAUGGUAUCUGAUAGUUCAAAUAUCCAUCGCCGUUCGGUCUGGAUUUUCCCAUGUAAGAAGAGCCAUUGUUGAUCAUGUCACUCCACCCUCCCCUUCUCCUUUUACGCUGUUUUUCCCUAGGAAUGGAGUUAUUGUGCCAUUUUCCAUCAUGGAAUAUUUAUAGGCCAAGGCAUGCAUAUGUGUUCUGCUAAUGUAAACUUUUGUCAUAGUUUCCAUUUACUAACAGCAACAGCAAGAAAUAAAUCAAGAGAGUAAGGCAUUGGGGGUGAGUCUCAGCCCAGCAGUCUGGGGGCCAGACAGGCUGCUAACCUGGAGGCCAGGAUAUAGGUCUACCAGGCAACUUUUAAGACUCAUAUAUUUCAAACAGUUGAAGAGAGGCUCCGCACUAACCAGUACCUCUGUACAGAAGUCUGAAAGACUCUUACCAUCUAGUGAGUCUGUUGUUAACCUUCAUAUCAUGCUCUUAAGAAAUUUAGGUUUGAAGAUGGGAGAUUUGGGGUUUGUGUGUUUGACUUUGUUGAGUUGUAAUCGUGUGCAUCUUUAGCGAUGGUGACCUCUCCGCUCACACACAGGAAGUGGAGUUCAUUUUUUUACCUGUGAUGUCCCUUGAGUGUGCAGAGCACGCUGGUUAAAUGGCUUCCAGUUGUAAAAGUUAAAGGCCAGAAUCUCUGCUGAUAAGACUGUUCUUAAGUAACUUAAAUCACUUUGGAUCUACAAGAAUAUGUGAAAAAAAUGGGACUUGCUAGUGAGGAAAUCCAUUGUUUAAAGGUGAUUGAGUGUGUGUGUGUGUGUGUGUGUGUGUGUGUGUUAAGGGAGGGAGUUUAUUAUUUACUAUUGCUUGAAAUCAUUUUGUGUAAAUGUAUAUAUCUGAUGAUUUGCUCUUUGACAACUGAAAUUAGGAAAUGUAUAAUUAUUAGAUGCAUCACUGUUUGGGUGUUGAUCUUAUGAUGUAUUGAUGAUAAUACUAAAAACUGUAACCUGCAUUUUCACUUUGCUCUCAAUUAAAGUCUGUUUAAAAUGAAA